AUGGAAGGAUGUUGUGAUUGGAAAGAUUUGAGCCGAAUAUUACAAAGACAUGAACAACGUCAAGGACACAAGGAAUGCAUGAUUAAAUGGAUGGAAUUAUAUAAAGCAAUAAAAUACGAAAAAACAAUAGAUAAGGAUAAUGAAAAAUCGACUAAAGGUUCACAAAAGUACUGGUUUAACUUAUUUGAAAGAAUGAUUGAUGUAAUAAACUACUUAGCUGUACACAACUUAUCAUUUAGAGGCCAUCAAGAAUCUCUUAAAUUUAGCAAUAGACGGAAUAGUGAUAAUUUUAUAGAUUUAUUCAAGUUGUUAUCGAAAUCUGAUUCGACCCUACGAGAACACAUGCAUCGCAUUAAUGAAAAAACACUUACUCAACAUUAUCUGAGCCAAGACAUUCAAAAUGAACUGAUUGCGUUAAUGUCUAAGUCAGUAGUUGAUGAAAUCAGAGUUAAAAAAGCAAAAUACUACGCCUUCUUGCUCGAUUGUACUAGGGAUGUCAGCCGCGUUGAACAAAUGCCCAUAAUGUUAAGAUUUUGUAACUCAACAGGAGAAAUAGAGGAACAUUUUGUUGGUUUUAUUGUCGUCGCAGAAACAACGGGAGAGUACAUAACAAAAUCAAUACUAGAAGAAUUAGACAAAAAUGGAACUAGACAUUCAAAACUGUCGAGGACAUGGGCAUGA